AUGGGAGCCCAGGCGCAUACGAUGUCUCCACCGAUCGCGGGAUCGCCGGCAGGUAGCGAUACGUCGUCUCCUCACAUUACGUUCACGGCGAGCACACCACCUGGACUGAACCCGUAUACGCCUACCUCUAUCCAACCACCCAUGGCUCACCAACCGCAAAAGCGCCCACGAUCAGAAGAUGAAUCGCAAGAAGCGCUCGCAAAGCGCGCCCGCAACGACUCCAUCACAACCUCGCAAGAGCAGCGCUACAACUCCAACAAACCCGCAAUCGAAGCCUGGUGCAAAGCGCAGCAGACGCACCCCAAAGCACGUUGGUACGAGAAACUGCACGCUUGGGAAACGAAUGGCUGUCGCGACGUGCGACGUAAGUCACCCUCAACAACAUCACCACCAACUCCCGCUCCCAUCACACAAACCCCCGGAAUGGACUCGCCAGCCGAGAUCCUCGCCAUUCGACGGAAAUGGGGCGACACAAAACCUGACCGACGCGUACAUCCCCUCGACAAAGCCCCCGUCCCCGAAUAUCCCACCGAAGACUCACUCGCGGUGUGUACAAAGAGGCCUGACGGUCUUUACAAGUGCCUACACCCUGAGGGUAGCCACCACAAGUGUUGCUCGGAAGGUCUUACAGAGAAGAACAAGAAACAUGCUAUUGGCAAGCAGAUACGGGCGUGGAAGACGAGGGUUGAGGAGAUGGUGCUUAAGGGGGAACUGCAUGUUGCGCAUAAGACGUGGGGGGAUUGGAAUAAGAAGUGUAAGGGGGAGUUUGGGGGGGAGGUGGGGAGGUGGGAUGGGGUGUUGGGGGGUGUACAAGGAAGGAGCAAAGGGGGGCAAGGACUUGGGACGCCAUCUCCUCGUCCUGUAGCGUCGUCAGUUCCUCGUCUUGCAGCGGCGCCUGCUCUGAGGACUCCAGUCGAGGCUGCCCGUCAGGCUAGUCCACAGGGAUAUGCGCCACAGCCAUUCGUUCCAUCCGCGUCGCCGACUCAGCAGAUGUCCCCGUUGCAACAGAAUACACCCGCACACGCGACAUCGCGGCAGUUCCAGCAUCAGUCUCCACCGCAGUGGCCAGUUCAACAUCCAGUCGACACGGGCAAUACAGCGAGGUCACCAGCCCAUCCUGUGUAUCACCCGCAAUCUCAAGCGCAACCUACCUUCACCACUUCGCCAAACCGAGCUUUCGCCACCUCGGCCAUAUCAACAAGUCCCGCUCCAGCAGCAAAGCGUCAAGCCGGCGAACCUGCAUUUGGCUACAAUGGAUUGCCUCCAAAUGGAUCACAUCGACAGCAGGAACUUGCCAGCUUCUCUCCUCAGCGCAGGUCGCAGGAGCAUACUGCGAUUGCAUCUGCAACAGCCCCCUCUUUCGCUCACCAUUUGGCGCAAUAUGCAACAUCGCCGCCUCAGACACUGUCGCCAGUCGCCUCUGCGCAGCCGGAUCAUCAUGGUGACGAUCUGACUACACCACACUCUAUGAAUCGAAAGCAAGAGCAGCGCCAACAGCAACAGCAAGCUCCGAAGCCAACUCGCAAUGCGAUUCGACAGCAAGCUGACGUUCAGCUGCCGCCAUCAGGCGCGGCGACAAACCGUACAGUUGGACCAGGUCCAGCACCAACCCAAAUGGCUACAAGCCCAAGCACAGCACUAAAGCGCACUUCCGCUUCCACCAAUACCCCAAAGAUGUCCUCCACCACCCACACACUCUCGCCGGACAAGUCUUCCACGCUUGCAGCUUCGUCGCCUGUGGCACAGAAACCUGAUGUAAACUAUUCACCGGCAGCGAUGCGCAUGCUGCAACAGCAGAUCAGAGACCGUGAGCCUAUUAUGCUUGGCGGACUGAAGAUCACUAGGGAUGAUGUGAACAGCAACAUGAGUGGCUGUGUAAGACGACUGGCGACGGCACUGCGAUUGGACGCUGAGGAAGUUGCAAAGAAGGAGGCAGAGGCAGCUGCAAAGAAGUCGGUCGAAGAAGCUGCACGGAAGGAAGCCGAGGCAGCUGCGCGGAAGCAAGCUGAGGAGACUGCGCGUGCCAACUCGAAGGACGCUUCUCAAGGCCAAGCUGAAACUACCGACGAGAUUGCGGCUCUCGCGGUCUCAAACGACAACGAAGGCCACGAACUAGACUACCUCUUCUCCGACACCCCCAUCAAUCCCACUCACAGCCACCCCAUCGAUUUCGGCAACGUCAACGACUACCUCUUCGACGACAGUACCGACAGCAACGAAUGGAUUAUGCCCGACCUACCCCCCAACUUCGGCAAAAUGGACCUCAUCGGGAUGACACAACGCGCCUUCGCCGAGGAACCCUCACCCUCACAGCCAGAAGAGCAACCUGAGCCUGAGCCAGAAGAAGACACACUAGCCGACCUAAGCUACCCAGAAGCCUGGUUCAUAGAAGACGUCGAGGACUUCGUGACCAGUGGUCCGCUUCCUGAGUGGAUGCUACGGCCUACGACGGACUUCACUUUGCGGGAGAUGGAGAAGAUGGAGAAGAUGGAGGGUUGGGAUAAGGAUAUGGUGACGCCUUCGGAUCCGGAGGAGUGGUUGCAGGCGACCAGGGCCUGGCAGAAAGAGAAGAAGGCGGGUGCGCGUUGA